ACAGAAAGCAAGCUAUAAAAUUGCAGAAAGGGUUUGGCAUUUCUUCGUCUUCCUUGAAAUUCUUGAAUUUGAAUUUCAUCUCUAAUUAUCUUUCUGGGGUUCUGUCUGCUUCCAUCAAUGGCUUUUCUACGCACUAUUUUGCUGCUUUUGUUUUUUACCUCUUCAUUCUCCAGCUUCCCUGCUCAAAGUAUCAGAAAGGAGUUGAGGGAUAAGGAGGUUCAGAGCAAGAUUGAUACAUUAAGUCAUUCAGUUCAUUUGAACCGAGUUGAUCCAUCACGAGUCACCCAACUUUUAUGGCAGCCAAGGGUCUUCCUAUACAGCAAUUUUCUAACAGAUGAUGAGUGUGACCACAUUAUAUCCCUGGCCCGCAGCAUAAGACAAAAUGUUUUGAGGAAUAAUGGAUCAGAGAAUGCUGGCACAGAUAGGAUGCUUGAAAGUUCAGAAACUCAGUUAAACCUAGAAGUGAGUUUUCAUUCUUUCUGACUAACAAGCUUUACGUGCUCUGCAUUGCUUAUUGAGAAAACUUACUGAAGAAGGGGUUAAGUUUGGUUCUCCAAUUCUUGUGGCAUGUAUGACAAGGGUUUGGCCAUCACCUCUUCCUCUGCUCCCUCCCCCUACCCCAAUCCGAACAAGGGUGAUAUUCUCAUUAAUGUUCAGUUUUAUCUUUUACUGAUGUGAAUUAAAAAAUGUCUCUAAGUUAGUUAGAAAUUGUUUGAUGGCAUUUUAAAACAUGAGGAAACUUUCUCUUCUAUUUCAGUUAUUGUUAUUUCGCACUUGAGGUUCUGAUCUUUAUAAUGCUACUGAAGACAUUCUCAGUCUGAUGGAAGUAGUUUUGUAGCAACAGUUUUGAUUAUUCUUAUCAAUCUAUUUCCUCAGAAAGCAUGCCUAUUUCUCCCAAUUUUUGCUAGGAAAUUAUUUCAUAACUGAAUGACUACUUGCCUUUCUUACUGUGGUUUCCUGAAAUUUAUUUCUUGAAUAUUCUGCUAAUAAUCUUUAUUACCAUGAAGUUUAGUGCUUUGAAGGCAAGCUGCCAUCAUCUUUGUUUGGUAUAUAAUUAGGGACAGGUUCUAUGAAAUUUUCUUGUUUGCCUUGAAUUUAACAUGAUCACCCAUCAUCCUCACACACAAGCAGAAUGUCACUCAUGAUUCCACUUUCAAAAAUUGGUGACAAUAGAUGACAUUAUUGACAUGGCAUGUUGCUCUUAAUCUAUGAGUAAAAGUGUAGUCCUGUUUGUGCUUUCAAUUUUUAUAUUUGAACAAUAGGAUGUUCCUAAGAACUAGCUUUUAAAAGGAGUUGAGAAUCAUAAACUUACUGAGAUAAAGUUCAAACUUUCACUCAGACAGCCUAAUGUUAAAAAAAUAUGAAUUAUCAUUUUCAUGUGGACUUAGGUUACUUUGUAAUGUCACUCUUUGUUGCAGGAUAAUGUUCUUGCAAUGAUUGAGGAAAGAAUUUCAGCUUGGACUUUUCUUCCAAAAGAGUACGGUAAGCCUCUGCAGGUCUUGCAAUAUGGACCUGAGGAGGCUGGACAAAACUUAGAUUACCUGGGCAACAGAUCCUUAGAUCACCUUGGCAACAGAUCCACAUUGGCUUUAAAUGAGCCUCUGAUGGCAGUAAUAGUUUUAUAUCUCUCCAAUGUUACACGGGGUGGUGAAAUUCUUUUCCCUGAUUCAGAGGUCAAAAGCAAGAUCUGGUCUGAUUGUACAAAGACUAGCAACAUACUGAAACCUGUUAAAGGAAAUGCAAUUCUCUUCUUCACUCGUUACCUCAAUGCAUCUCCUGACAAGCACAGCUCCCAUUCCAGAUGCCCUGUUCUUGAUGGAGAAAUGUGGUUUGCCACGAAAUUCCUCUACAUCAGACCUGUUGAGCAGCCAAAGCAUGCACUAGACUUGGAUGGCAAUGAUUGCACUGAUGAAGAAGAAAGUUGUCCUGAGUGGGCUGCCCUUGGAGAAUGCCAGAAGAACCCUGUGUUCAUGAUCGGCUCUCCUGACUACUAUGGUACGUGUAGGAAGAGUUGCAAUGUUUGCUAAGAGGAAACUCAGGUACAUUUAACUUUGAUUGUAUUUUUCUAAUAAUUAUGCAAAUAUAGCAUUUCUCUCCAU